GCUGUGUAAACAAGUGGCCAUCAGGAAGGGUGGACUUUCUCACCUGCUGGAUGGGCAGUUUGGAAAUCCCUCCCGGCGGUGAGGCCGUGUCCUACGGCUUGGGAAGGAGAGGCCGAGGAGGAGAAAGAAGAGGGAACCCCGCAGCUUGGAGAGGCCGGAAGAGGCUCGGGUGGAGCUCGGUCCUUCGGGAAGGAGAGAAUCGGGGAAGGGGUCACCCCCUGAGGAAGAAGCAGAAUGGCUGGACUGAAGUACAUGUCCGGGUUUGGGAACGAGUUCACAUCCGAGGAUCCCCGCUGUCCCGGAGCUCUGCCGGAGGGUCAGAAUAGCCCUCAGGUGUGUCCCUACGGCCUGUACGCCGAGCAGCUGUCGGGGUCGGCGUUCACUUGCCCCCGGAGCUCCAACAAGAGAAGCUGGCUCUACAGAAUCCUCCCUUCCGUCUGCCACAAGCCCUUCGAGCCCGCCGACCAGGGCCACCUGACGCACCGCUGGGAUGAGGUCGGCCCCGACCCCAACCAGCUCCGAUGGAACCCGUUUGAGAUCCCGAAGGUCUCUCAGAAGAAGGUGGAUUUUGUGGCUGGGCUGCACACCUUGUGUGGAGCCGGUGACAUCAAGUCCAACUCCGGGAUUGCAAUCCACAUCUUCACCUGCAACUCCUCCAUGGGGGACAAAUGUUUCUACAACUCCGAUGGAGAUUUCCUGAUUGUGCCGCAGCAGGGUGAACUGCUUAUUUACACCGAGUUUGGGAAGAUCCUGGUGGAGCCCAAGGAAAUCUGUGUGAUUCAGAGAGGCAUGCGCUUCAGCGUGGACGUGUCCCAGGAGACCAGGGGCUACAUCCUGGAGGUCUACGGGAUCCACUUCGAGCUGCCCGACUUGGGACCCAUCGGUGCCAACGGGCUGGCCAACCCCCGGGACUUCCUGGUGCCCGUGGCCUGGUACGAAGAUCGCCAAGUGUCCGGCGGCUACACGGUGCUCAACAAAUACCAGGGCCGCCUCUUUGCGUCCAAGCAGGCGUCCUCCCCCUUCAAUGUGGUGGCCUGGCACGGAAACUACACGCCCUACAAGUACGGCCUGGACCGCUUCAUGGUCAUCAACAGCGUGUCCUUCGACCACGCGGACCCCUCCAUUUUCACGGUGCUGACCGCCAAGUCCCUCCGGCCCGGCGUGGCCGUGGCCGACUUUGUCAUCUUCCCGCCCCGCUGGGGGGUCGCCGACCACACGUUCCGGCCUCCUUACUACCAUAGGAACUGCAUGAGCGAGUUCGUGGGCCUCAUCUGCGGGCAGUACGAGGCCAAGCAGAAGGGGUUCCUGCCCGGGGGCUGCAGCCUGCACGGCGCCAUGACCCCGCAUGGGCCGGACGCCCAUUGCUUCGAGCGGGCCACCGAGGCCGGGCUGGAGCCCGAGAGGGUGGCCCACGGCACCAUGGCCUUCAUGUUUGAGUCAUCCCUCAACAUGGCAGUCACCCCGUGGGGCCUCACGGCCAGCGGCUGCCUGGACGCGAACUACAGGAAGUGCUGGGAGCCGCUCCGCAGCCACUUCACGCCCAGCGCCAGGGACGCCGCCCCUCGCAAGUAGCCCCGGGGGUCCUCCGUCCUCAUCGCCCCCCACCCCCAGAAGUCGCCUAGAAAAGCCGCGGGCCGCGACCGGGAGCUGGAUGCUAAAGGGGGUCUAAAUCGUAAACUCGUGUCUAGUAGCUGUGUUAUUCUGUCUUCUCCCAAGGGCUUAGUACAGUGCUCUGUGCACAGUGAGUGCUCAAUAAAUGCCACUGAUUGGAA